CAGCAUCAUGAAGUGCAUUGUGGUGCUCGUCUUCGCCGCGCUGGUCCGCCUCCAUGCGCAGUCGCUCUCACAGGUGCCAUUCCGGACCGUCGAAGCGUACUGGUCCUUUGGCGACGGGCUCAACGACUGGGCAACGUCGUCGACGGCCGCGAUGGAGGCCGAGGUCAACGUCAACGGCGGUCUCUUGCACGGCGUGGCACUUGGCGAGUCGCCGUACAUUGACUCGCCGCUGCUGGAGCUCGUGGUCGACGACCCACCGACCAUCACCAAGGUGCGCGGUUGCAUCGACCAGUACUUUGCGACGAGCGCGCUCACGACGCCCGUGGCCAACGUGACGCUGCAGAUGACCAAGACCAACGGUGUGCACCCUCGCUUUACAUCUCUCUUUGGCCGCCUCUCGCUACCGUAUGCGACAACGUACAACUGCAUGGCCAACGACACGAUCGCGAUCCAAGGCCGCCACUUUGGCGACAACUCCAUCGUGCAGAUCAACGGCCAGCCGUGCCGUGGGCCAUCGACACUCCUUGCGCCGAUGCUCGCCUCGGAUACAUUUGAGGAAGAGGUGCUGCUAUGUACGUUGCCGCCCAACGCGCUCGAUGCACCCAACCCGGCAGUCGUGACCGUCAUCAACGAAGCGUUCCGCGGGCUGCGCGUCGACGGCCGCUUCGUCACAUAUGCACAGCCCGUGACGCUAACACAAGCACCGACGCUCUCCAACGUGGCAGCCCACGCGAUGGACGUGACGUGGGCCCCGCCGAGCGACGUUUGGCAGAGCCUGACGACGACUGGGUAUAUGGUGGCGUGGACCGACGGCACCGCCACCGCAUCCGCGGUCGUCGGGAAUGUCACGACAACGACGAUUCGGCCGUUGGCCGCCAACACCACGUACAAUGUCACCGUGACAGCCCUUGUCGAGAACCAACGCACGGCGCUAUGGCAAGAUGUGGAUCAGUACGGGCGCCGGGCCGUGGACGGCACGGCUGUCAUAGGCGGCCCGUCGCCGGUGGCUGGCCCGGCGGUGCGCACGCUCCUUCACGACAUUGCGUUCUCUAGCUUCUCGGCGGCAGCGAUUCUCAACAACUCGGCCACGUAUCCGCACACGACGCUAGGGCCCACGGGCGACGCGGGCGGCCAAGGCGCGUUUGGCCUCGUGCUCCUCGGCCACGCCAACGUGCAAAAUUGCAACAGCACUAGCGUCUGUUGCGACAUCCUCGCGAGCACCAAUGCGUGCUACCUCACGUGCGCGGCGCUGCCACUGGCAACGACCCGAAGCUCACCGACAGCGUCGCUGACGACGAUCCGCAACAGUAGCGCUGUCACUGUGCCACCAGCUGUCUUGCCUCUUCCGCCGUGCGGGCCUGCGUUGCGCCUCACGGGCUCAGCGCCGUAUUUGACGGGGGCAGCGUGGUAUCCUCGGCCCAUGACGGUGAGCGAAGGCUUCUCGACGACCUUUGCGCUCCGCAUUUCCAACCCGUCGUUCCACUGCAGGUUUAUGGACGACGUGUCGACCCACUGCCGAUCGCGGGGCGGUGACGGUCUCGCCUUUGUGCUCCAAGGCGUCAAUACCUCGGUUGUGGGACGGGGCGGCGCGGGACUGGGCUAUGCGGGCCUCGAGAACGCGCUGAGUGUCGAGUUUGACACGUGGUCGGUGGCUGCAACUCGUCGCGAAUGGAUGACUUAGGUAGUAUGUACGCAGGUACAACGACGACCUCGCCGACGCUUACGAAAACCACGUAAGCGUCCAGACGCGGGGGUUUUCAUCGCCGAACUCGGCCCACCAUGCCUUCUCGCUCGGCGCUACGACCGCGAUCCCCGAUCUCACGGACGGCAGCCACGUCGUGACCAUCACGUACACGCCAUGGCUCACGACCGACAUGGCGUUUGCGCCACACUUUCAGCCGUCGGCGUACGUGUCGCAGCUGCUCCCGCACUGGAACACGCUGGGUCUCGGGUGCCUUGCGAUCACCCUCGACGGCCUCGACGUACUCAGCGUCCCACUGCACCUCGAGGCUACGUUGCAGCUGGGCAUGGGCGGGCGCGCGUAUGUGGGGUUUACGGCCGCGACCGGCGCCGCAGCGUGGCAGGUCCACGACAUUCUCUCGUGGACGUUGGACGCCGACCGUCUGCUUUACUAAUUGCUUGCUUCUGCUCGGUUGCUGGUUGCAGUUGCGUGUUUUUAGACUCGGCGAUGACGUGGCGCGUGCUGGCUCCAGAAAGUGUUUCGGUGAUUCUGGUCGUCGCCAGGAGGACUCGCUGGUGCUGCGAUGGCAAUGCAGCCGCCCCUGUUUUUCAUUAGCAUUAAAUUUCCUCAUCUAAAAGUCGAUGUUGGCCGCCG